CUUACACUACAACGAGGACUUCUCAUUUCCACCAAAAAGCCACGUUUCAAGAACAAACAGAGACACCACCAUAAUGAAAACACUCGGCUUGAUCGGCGGCAUGAGCUGGGAGUCAACUACGACUUACUACCAAGAGAUAAAUCGUCGCGUGCGCGAAAUACAAGGCGGCCUUCACUCUGCGCAAUGUGUCGUCUUUUCCUUCGACUUUGCCAAGAUUGAGGCCCUUCAACAUGCCGGCAAAUGGGACGAAGCGGGUGAAAUGCUCAACGAAGCAGCCACUAAACUUCAACUCGCUGGUGCCGAUGCUCUCGUUCUGUGCACCAAUACGAUGCACUUCGUCUCUCACGGCAUUGAAGAUGCCUCGCAACUACCUCUCAUCCACAUCGUCGACCCAACAGCCAUGGCAAUUAUAGAAGCGGGCUACAAAUCCGUCGGCCUUCUCGGGACGCGAUUCACGAUGGAGAAAGAAUUCUAUAAAUCACGGCUAAGCGACAAGUUUGGGCUGCAAGUCAUCAUCCCGGAUGACGAAGACAGGGAGACUGUGCAUAAUAUCAUAUAUAAAGAGUUAUGCAACGGAAUCAUCAAGGAUCAGUCUCGAGAAGCCUAUCAUCGAGUUAUUGUAAACCUCAAAGCUGCUGGCGCUGACUGCUUGAUCAUGGGAUGUACAGAGAUCGGACUCUUGGUCGACAAGGCUGGGAGUGAGCUGCCGAUAUUUGACACUGCAAAGAUCCAUGCAAUUGCAGCUGCAGAUUGGGCCAUGGGUGCAUGAUUCUGUAUAUGCCUAUCUGCUUUUCUUUUAUGCUAUUAGUAAUUGUGAGCAUUAGAUAAAAAUGUCCAUCGCUUUAUUAGCUUGGUUAGUGAAGGUGAUAAGGAAUGAAUUGAGUUAAACUAUAGCAAUGCGACUGCGCAAACGGAAAGACUGGCUGGAGCUGAACUACCAAAAGAACUCGUACCAACUUCG